GGCUCUCCGCCCGCGGACUCGGUGAUGCGGCACGACUACAAACCCUGGAAGGUGCAGCGCCCCGAGCCCAGCUGCAAACCCAAAAGCGAGUACCAGCCGUCCGAUACGCCCUUCGAGAAGGAGACGCAGUACCAAAAGGAUUUCCGCGCUUGGCCCAUCCCUAAAAGAGGGGACCACCCGUGGAUCCCCAAAGCGGGUCCUUCCCCCGUGCUCGUCCCUGAGCGCGGAUCUCCCGAGAAAGCGGCUCAGGAGAAGAGGAGGAAGAAGGAGGAGGAGGCGGAGGCGGACGAGGAGCAUCCCAAAGCGGCCCGGCCCGGGGAUGGCCGAGAG